AUGGAUGACAGCAGGGGCAGUAGUGGUGGAGAGAAGGGACCAGACGAGGAACGGGCAAGAUUUGGUGACCGAUUAGACAAGGGGAUAAGGGACGACGUCCAGGCGAUGUCCGGGACUUUGUCUCAGGUGCCAGGGCUGCGGUCCCUGAGAUGGCACAAUGAGACAGGAGGUUUGGGAGUCAGAUGCCAAAUUCCAUUUGGAUGUUGUCAUCAAAAUCAGUGCUUGUCCCCAAACAGGAAGCAAAAGAAAAACCACACCAGCAAACUCCAUGAGUUGGCAUUGCUGCUACCUGUGGCCCCGAGGACCAGCAGCAAGAAGCUCACCAAGAAGGAGAUUCUGCUGCACGUCCUGCACUACAUUCAGUACCUCCAGAGAAACAUUGAUGUGGCCCAGGCCUUGCUGACCUUCCACGCCGCAAAUGGGGAGGGCGAAGUCGAGGGGCGGGGUCGGAACCCCACUGCGGGCUCAGCAAGGCGGAGACACCUCACCCCAUCCAGCUCCCCGCACUCUUGUGAGUCCUGUGUCCGGGGGGCCUGUCAGAAGCCUCGGAAGAAGAAGCUGACCCGACCCACAGAACGCCAGACCCGGGGCCAGAACCCUCGUCGCUGUCUGGCCCUGGACAAGCCUAAGAAGCAGGUGGCCCCACCCACGGACCAGAAAGGAAGAGACGUGGAGGGGCCCGCCGCUCCACCAAGAUGCGCUGACUCCCACGCUCGCCCCGAGGCUGCGUUGUCCUUGCCUCAAGGCUGCUCCUGCAGAAACAGCGCCCAGGGUGAUGGGCCUUACCCUGCCUUCGGGGCCCAGCAAGGGGCUGAGAGGACCUAUUUGGUCAACGGAACACAGUCCUAUGCCAGGCAGCAGCUGGCCGUGUACAAGUCCAGCGAGGAGGCGGACAAGGAGGCCCCAGACGCUGACCCUUGGCUUCCUGCCUGGACCUCAGAGGGCAUCCCCCUAGGGAGCCCGCUGCCUUUGGGGCCCCCUCAGAUUGACAACGGGAAUGUGACGGGUCCCCUGAGUGAGAUCCUAGGCCUCAGCCCUUCCCUCUUCAGCUCCCCGGGGAAAGUGCUGCCCAUAGAGACCUUGGAGGACAGCAGCCUGUACCUGACCCAAGCUCUCUUUGAGGAAAUUUUCUUUGAUGCCGUGUCUUCACCUGCUGGCUGCGUGCUGGAGGUUCCACAGAAGGAGGACUCACCCCGUGAGGCCUCCAAGGACCUUCCUGACUCCCGCCGUGGCCUGUGCCAGUGCCUGGGCUCGCGGGACCCCCCCUCGCUGAGUGAGGACAGCUCUGGCUCUGAGGACUCGGUCACGGACUCGGACGUGGAGAUGGCGUGGGCGCAGCAGGACACUCCAGCCGACCCCGAGGGCCCCAGGUCCGUGAGCGAUGAGGAUGGAGACUACACGUGGACCCCCAGCCGCCAGUUCUCGACCUUGGCCUCGGCCAGGAGGAAGGCCAGGAAGGGCCAGGCAGGCAGGGGCCCUGUGAAGCCCAAGAACAAGAAAGUCCCCUGCUCCACUCAGAUGAAGAAGAAGUGUGUCAAUGGCUUCAUCAUGUUCUGCAGGAUGAACCGGAAGCAGUAUAUCAGAGCCUGCCCGGGGACGGCAUCCACGGCUGCCACCAAAGAGCUGGCCCAGCUCUGGCGGGAGAUGACGGAGCAGGAGCGGAAGCCGUACUGCAUCAAGGCGCGGAGAUUCAGCCGCCAGCACAACCGGAUUGUAAAGAAAGAGAGCUCCAGCAGCGACGACGAGGACUGGGGGCUGCCCAAGCCCUUCUACCAGCUGCUUGCGGACAAGGCCCGCUCCGCCUCAGGGCCCGCCGCUCAGCUGCUUUCUCACUGCGAAUGAGAGGGCACCGCGCCUCGCCUCCCCGCCACCUCGCAGCUCCGCGGAAACCAGGAGCGCGCGGGGAGGAUGUUGCCCCUCUCGGGCCCCACCCCCCGCUACGAGGUCCCCUUGGCCAGUUCCCUGGGGCUGGAAGGCGGAGGGUUUUCUGAUUCCGAUGUUUUGUGUGUUUGUUUUUACGUGGGCAGCUGAACCCUGCCCUUCCCCAGCUCCUUUCUCCUGGGGAAGGAGGACCUGAAUGAAAUGCGGGGAGGUGAAGUUACGAAGAAGGGGCUCCCCCCACCCCAGUGCGCUGACCUGCCUUGGCCCACCCCAGAAUCAAAUGGUUUCAACCCUGUUUGUUCUCACCUUAUCCUACUCCUCCCUCCAGUUCUAUUUAUAGGUUAUUUAUUGUUGCCAACAAAAUAAAGU